UUUGAAUCCCGGAAGUCCCGGACACACCCAACCUUGAUUGCAGCAUUCCGAAUGCUGGAGAGUAGGUAAAAGGACAGAAGCAGAAAACAUUUCAACAUGAGGGACCCACUGACAGAUUGUUCGUAUAACAAAGUGUACAAGAACCUAAAGGAGUUUUCUCAAAAUGGAGAGAAUUUCUGCAAGCAGGUCACAUCCGUUCUUCAGCAAAGGGCAAACUUGGAAAUUACCUAUGCCAAAGGACUUCAGAAACUGGCGAACAAGCUGAGCAAAGCAUUACAGAGCACAAAGAAAAACUGUCUCGUCAGUGCCUGGGCCUGGGUCUCGGAGGGCAUGAAAUCUGCAGCGGACCUGCAUCAAAAACUUGGCAAAGCAAUUGAGUUGGAAGCAAUAAAACCAACUCAUCAAGUCCUGAGUGUACAUGAGAAGAAGAGAAAAUCUCUUGAUAACGAAGUUGAAAAGACAGCAAAUCUUGUCCUUAGCAACUGGACUCAACAAAUUAAGGCCAAGAAGAAAUUAAUGGUGAGUACCAAGAAGCAUGAAGCACUUUUCCAUCUUGUAGAAAGCUCCAAGCAAACUGUAACGGAAAAGGAGAAGCAGAAGCUCCUCAAUAAACUGAAAAAAUCGACUGAGAGGUUGACAAAAGAAGAUGAAAAUUACUACGAAAAAAACAUGGCCGGCUGUUCUACCAGACUGAAAUGGGAGAACACACUAGAAAACUGCUACCAGAGUAUCCUGGAGCUGGAGAAGGAAAGAAUUCAACUUUUGUGCAAUAACUUAAACCAGUACAGCCAACAUAUUUCUGUUUUUGGCCAAACCCUGACCACGUACCACACACAGAUUCACUGUGCCAUCAGCAAGAUAGAUGUUGAAAAAGAUAUCCAGGCUCUCGUGGAAGAAACUGCAGUCUCAUCUACAGAAAAUAAAUCUGAGUUCCUGUUAACUGAUUACUUUGAGGAAGAGCCUAACAAUGCAAUGAGUAAAGAGCGACAAGAGUCUUCUAUAAAAUCGAAACUGUUAAGACUGCAGAGAGAUAUUGAAAAAGCCUCGAGAGACCAGGAAGGCCUGGGACGGAUGCUGAGAGCAUACUCGAGUGACUCCUCCUUCUCAGAUGCGGACAGUCAGAGAUCAACAGCGGCCUUAAUGGACGAGACAAAUUUGAAACUAGACCUUUUGCAAGCAAACUCCUAUAAACUGUCGUCAGUGUUAGCAGAACUUGAGAAAAGACCUCAACCCAGCCAUCCCUGUAGUAACUCCAUCUUCAAGUGGAAAGAAAAGCAGCAGACACAUAGUUAUGUAAAAAUAUCUCGGCCUUUUCUGAUGAAGAGAUUAGGGAAUGUCGUGAGCAGGGCGUCUUCUGACCGGCAGAGAAUUCCAAGUUCUUCAUCUACAGCCUCCGGUGCAGCCCAGCUCGGCAAUGGUCUCUGCAAGGCCUUAUAUUCUUUUCAAGCCAGGCAGGAUGAUGAAUUGAAUUUGGAAAAAGGUGACAUUGUGACUAUAUACAAGAAAAAAGAAGAAGGAUGGUGGUUUGGAUCUUUAAAUGGAAAAAAAGGCCAUUUUCCUGCUGCUUAUGUGGAGGAGCUCCCUUCAAAUGCUGGUAACGCGGCUUCUCAGGCAUGAAACAGGCUUCUGAAAGCACCACCUUACACCCUCUGUAAACCAUACAAUGUGCAAAUAAAGAUGAAUGCUGCGGUC